CCGAGCCAACCAAAGUCAGGUCCCAGCACUUUAACCUUCCUAUAAAUUGUCCUUGCCCACCCUCGUCUUCCCCAAACCAUAGAUUCAUUCCUUACCGUUUUCUCAACCAAACAAACCAAUCUCUGAUAGCAUAUGUCUCAGAGGCCCAGCGUUCCUCACUCUUCCACCAUAGCCUUGGGCCUCCAUUCCCAUAUCCUUGUGUCCAGUGAUAUGAACCCCAACUGGUGUUGCAAUUUUCAUUAGUUGAAAGAUUUUUAUUACCAUUUCUCAAGCUUUUCCCUUGAGUAUUCUGAAAUUAAUUUCCUUUUAUUCUAUUCUUUGUAUUGGAAAAAAAACAGCAAAUUUAUUAGUUUCAAGAUCAUGGGUCUGAAAGGUUUUGUUGAAGGAGGCAUCGCUUCAAUUGUUGCAGGCUGUGCCACCCACCCUCUGGACCUGCUCAAGGUCCGAAUGCAGCUCCAAGGUGAAGCCAAUGCUCCAAAACCGACCGCGAAUGCUGCGGUUCAAAACCUCCGCCCGGCCCUCGCCUUCCAAACCACCUCGCUCUCUGCUCCGGGAUCGAUCAACGUGCCUCUCCCGCCUACUCAGGCGGCGCGUGCGGGCCUAAUAUCCGUAGGUGUCCGCAUCGUCCAACAGGAAGGUGUCGGCGCGUUGUUCUCGGGCGUCUCAGCGACCGUCCUACGACAGAGUCUCUACUCGACGACUCGAAUGGGCCUCUACGACAUCCUGAAAAAGAAGUGGGCCGACCCCAAAUCCGGAAACCUGCCGCUCGGGAGCAAGAUAGGGGCGGGGCUAAUAGCCGGUGCGGUCGGCGCUGCCGUGGGCAACCCGGCCGACGUUGCCAUGGUCCGUAUGCAAGCCGACGGGCGGCUCCCCCUGGCUCAGCGCCGCAACUACACGAGCGUAGUCGACGCCAUAACCCGCAUGGCCCGCCAGGAAGGGAUCCCCAGCCUGUGGCGCGGCUCGUCCCUGACUAUAAACCGCGCGAUGCUGGUGACUGCCUCGCAGCUGGCAUCGUACGACCAGAUCAAGGAGACGAUACUGGCGAAGGGAGUGAUGAAGGACGGGCUAGGAACCCACGUGACGGCCAGCUUCGCAGCGGGGUUCGUGGCAGCGGUGGCGUCCAAUCCGGUGGACGUGAUCAAGACGAGGGUGAUGAACAUGAAGGUGGAGCCAGGAGCGGAGCCUCCGUAUUCGGGUCCUCUGGAUUGCGCGUUGAAGACGGUGCGAGCCGAGGGCCCAAUGGCGCUGUACAAGGGGUUCGUGCCGACCAUUUCGAGACAGGGACCUUUCACUGUCGUGCUGUUCGUGACGCUCGAGCAGGUUCGCAAAUUGCUCAAGGAUUUCUGAUGAUUACUUGAUUAUGAUAUCCCCUAAGAUGACGACGAAGAUUUUUAGAAUAAACUUGGUUUUAAUUUUCUGUUACUUGACAUUUCGAGUACCCAAAAACAGCUAUGUGUCGACAAAUUUGGUAUUUUUAUAUAAUUUAAUAAGCGAUUUUAUUUUCCUCCA